AUGCAGGCAAAUUUACACCACAACAGGCCGAGGGUCACAAAGCUGAAGGAAGUGUUCACUACGGUGCAUGUCCUAGCAGGGGUCGAGUUCGAAGCCCGGAAGAAAGGGGACCAGGAUUUGCGGGCAAAACGCUGCCGACAGAUGGAGCAGUUGCAAGCCGUUGACUUAUCUCUUGUUGAUCGGCUCCUGAAACUUCGAGGAGAGUCUGGAUCGCAGAAAUCUCGUCGGACGGAUGCGUCGAAGAUUGCAACCUUGGCAUCACGUUUGAGUGCAGUGCAGUGUGCAGGUUUGCGUGUCAAGGAAAUGGUCCUUCAAAUUCUUAGGGCAUUCUUAGUUAUGUAUUGCAUGCAUCUGCACAAGUUGGAGCAAGCUUAA